AUGGAUGUCCUACUAGAAGAGUAUGAGAGUGAGGGGACAAGCGUUGUGGCCUUCGCGGAUGACCUAUUGGUCAUGGUCGAGGGCAACAACAGAAGGGAGUUAGAACACCGAGGUAGCACUGCUCUGAGUGUAGCUGUGAGGUGGGGAGAGACGGUUGGCGUUUCCGUUUCGACCCAAAAGACGUGUUGUAUGCUGCUUAAGGGAAGGCUGGCUGAUACUCGGCCGCCAGUGGUGAGAAGCGGCAACUUCACAGUAGAGAGAGAGGUUGGCUUUUCGGCCACACCUCGAGGCAUUAAGGGGCAAGAUAGUGACAGUAGUUGGGCCCCUGCGGAGAGUCCUGCGCACGGAGUGGGGGCAGAGAAGCGGGCGGUCCGCUGUCUGUUUAAAGGCCUCUUGACCGAGUGUGCCUUGUACGGAUCAAGCAUUUGGUACCGGACCCUCCGUACGGUGCUACUCAUGGGAGAGAUCCCGUGGGUUCUGGAGGCAGAGAGGCGGGCGCUCACUUUUAAGGCGAAGCGUGAGAUACCGGUGGAGCCUGGCGACAUAGUCAGCAAUGAUGAAAUCGCCGACAUUCGCACUGUUAGGUCGAGCGGAUGGAUUGAUCCGUGCAUGGCUGCGGCUGCAGGGUACUUGAUCACCAGACAUGGUAGCAUGAACGGGUUCUUGUACCAGAGAGGAUUGGCAGAAAACGAUGACGCGUUUAUGAAAACAGAUGAAGGCAAUGAAGGUGAUAGAACCAAAGCGACAGAAGACAACAGUAAGACUUCUGAGACUGCAUGCAACGACUGGGAUCCUGAAGAUGACUUGCCCUUAGCUGUAUAUGUACAUUCUACAAGGCAGUCCACUUCCUAA